AUGUCGAAUUUAUCCAAACUUGAGUUUGUUGCAUUAGAUAUUUCUAUAAAGAAUUAUCUUUCAUGGGUACUCGAUGCUGAGAUUCACUUGGCUGCUAAAGGUCUUGAUGCCACUAUUACUCAGGGAAAGGGGAGAUAUGACCACCUAAAGGCAACAGUGUUGCCAAGAGCUCGUUAUGAGUGGAUGCAUUUACGAUUUCAAGAUUUUAAGACCGUAAUUGAAUACAACUCUGCUGUAUUCAGGAUAACCUCCCAGUUGAAAUUAUGUGGGGAGAUUAUAAAAGAUGAGGACAUGUUGGAAAAGACACUUACUACUUUCCAUGCCUCAAAUGUGAUAUUGCAGCAACAAUAUCGUGAAAAGGGUUUUCAAAAAUAUUCUGAAUUAAUCUCAUGUCUUUUGGUGGCUGAGCAACAUAAUGCUCUUUUAAUGAAAAAUCAUGAAGCUCGUCCCACUGGAGCUGCUCCAUUACCGGAGGCAAAUGUGGUGGAAGCACGUGAUCAAUCUGAAGUAAAAAGAGAUUAUCAUCGGGGCUAUAAUAAUGCACGGGGACGUGGCAAUGAUAAAAGACGAUACACUAAUCGUCAAGGUGGUGGUCAUAAUAAAAGGGAGAACAACAUGAGUUCUCAAAAUAACCCUUCAAAAAGUAAUUGUCGUCGUUGUGGCAUGAAAGGCCAUUGGAAGAAUGAAUGUCACACACAUGAGCAUUUUGUAAGGCUCUAUCAAAAUUCCUUUAAAAAGAAAGGAAAUAAAAGUGGUGCUUCAUCUUCCGAUGCUCGAGCUGAGUCACAUAUGACUCCUAAAGAUGAUAAUAAGCCGGGAACAUCUCAGAAAUAUGAUAAGGAUGUUGAAGCAAAUUUGGCUUUAAAAGAUGAUGUUUUUGAUGGCCUUGGUGACAUUACUCAUAUGGAAGUUGAUGACUUAUUUGGAGAUCAAAACUGA